AUGGAGGCUGUUUGCACGGUGGUGGGCUCUCUUCCACCGGAAUUGUACGCAUAUGUGCUCAACAAGACGAUACAGACGCUCUUCACAAAAACUGAGAUCAUCCGGUUUUUGAUGCUCAACGAGGAGUUCUGCAAAGACAUCUGGAUCCACGAUCUGACGGUGACGAUCACCGACCGCGGGUAUCUGAAGUUUGACGAAGAUCCGCUGUCCAACGACCUGAUCAACUUGCGGGACUUCAUCUUCGGGAACGUGAAAAUUUUUGCCAAGCUAUUUGAAACGCAUACGAUAUCGAUCCAGAACUUGAUUCUCCAUGCGAACGUGCAUCAGUUGGCGUUUUUGGCGAACUACGCCGUUUACAUCCAGUGUGAGUCGUUCAACGCGCUAUGUAUGUCGAUGAACCUGGAAAUCGACAUGAAUAAGGUGAGGAUGAUCACGCUUUCAUUCUACAAAAAUCACUUUGCCCAGUUUUACACGAUGGCGAAAAACAUAAGCAUACUGCCAUGCAGUGCCCAUUACGUUUUCAACUUUGCUAUAUCGGAUCACCACGAUUUCAAGGAGGUGAUCAACAUCCUUCACUACUGCAGCACCAAGCUUCAUUUACGCUACACGAUCAGAUCCAAGGUACUCUUCUUCCUCAACAUGACGAUAUCCAAUGACAGCAAGCUCCCGACCAACAAGCUAAUCAAGUACUUCUCGUAUUGUUUGUUUUUGUUGGAGGAAUAUAAGGUCAGCACCACCGACAUCAAGGUGGUUUUGAAAAUCAGCCUGGCCGACCCUUCGCUGAGGAAAAGCGACGAGUUUCUGAAGCUAUGCAAGUACAUCGGUUUUCAGUUCAUACAUAAGCUCAUAAUAGAGAGCGACGAUGAUGGAUACUAUCAGUUUGAUUUCCGGGACAUACGACAGUUGACGAGCCUGAGGCUCCUCGAAGUGCGAUGCGACCAACAGUGUGGGUUUGAGAAUUUUGGAGAUCUAUCGAACCUGAAGUACUUGAGAAAACUUGUCUUUCAGUGCAACAAUGUGGAACUCGGUUGGUUGAGCCAUAAUCUCCCCCAUAGCGUGGAAACGGUGCAACUUUUCCGAACGUUGAAAAAUAACGAAGAAAAAGAUAAAUCGAUUUUUGAGAUACCAGACUUCCUACAGAACCUUAUCAUAGAAACCGACCUUCCGGAAGUCGUGAUAGACUUUGAAAGGUUCAAGUUUAACCCUACGAUUAGGUUGCAGAGGAUAAUAAUUCUGGACCACUUCGUGAAGAAUCCCGCAGUAAAGAUUCUGAAUCUACAGCAGAUCCCCAGAUGCUUGAAAGAGUUUCGGUUUCAUGAUAGCAACAACUUCACAUCCUCUUUACAUGAGAACUACUUCAAAUUUCCUGGCGGUUUCGAUAGCUCCCAAUUAGAAGGCGUCUAUUCCAAUAUUGACGUUGAAUUUACGUCUCUACAAUCAAAUAAAAUCUACAUGUGUCUUUGUAGCUACUCCCUCAGGAUUCUCAAUCUAAAAUCGAAAAGAAUCAGAAACUUCAGGGGCUGUACUAAAAAAAGCAUACAACCUUCUCCCGUCCCAUAA